AUGGGGCCUCUUCGAGGCUGGGAGCUGCCCCCCUGGAGCCAGGCCCCCAAGGCUGAUGCCCUGAGCCAGGCCCUGUACCUCCUCCUCCUGGGGUCCCUCCCCUGGGCUCUGGCCACGGCCCCUUGCAAAGAGGAAGAGUAUCCGGUGGGGUCCGAGUGCUGUCCCAAAUGCAGCCCAGGUUACCGGGUGAAGGAGGCCUGUGGGGAGCUGACUGGCACGGUCUGUGCUCCCUGUGACCCGGGGACCUACACGGCCCACCUCAAUGGCCUGAGCGAGUGUCUGCAGUGCCGAAUGUGUGACCCAGCCAUGGCCCUGGUGACCAGGCAGAAAUGCUCCAGAACAGAGAAUACUGUGUGCGCCUGUGCCCAGGGCCACUUCUGCAUCAGUGAGAACGAGGACGACUGUGUGGAGUGCCGUCCCCACACGCCCUGCAAACCUGGACAGAGGGUAGUGGCCAGAGGCACUGAGCAGAGGGACACGAUGUGUGAAGACUGCCCUCCCGGGACCUUCUCACCCAAUGGGACCCUGGAGCAGUGCCAGCCCUGGACCAUGUGCAGCGGCCCUUUUCAGCGGGAAGCACAUGCUGGGACCAGCAGCUCCGAUGUCACAUGCUCCUCCUGGGGCCCUCCCCUUAUGAGCAGUUUCCUUGGUAUAUUUGUGCUCCUUGUCCUCAUAAGCCUCUGCUUUUGGAUGAAACGUAGAAGGCAGCAUGAGAGAUCCACCAAGCCAAGAACCUUUCAACAGGUCCCGCAGGCCCCACCGGACGUCACCACAGUGGCCAUGGAGGAGACAGCAUCCAUGCCCCCUGCGGGGGUAUGA